ACUAAAAGAGGAGACCUCUUUAGUCAAUCCUGAUUAUACUCCUAAUAUUAAAAUUGACAACUAUCAAGGCUGGCAGCAACAAACCAUGCUCAUGUAUAAUCAAGUUAAGCGAACCGAUAAACAUUUGCAAAAAGAAGAGAUUAACAAGCUAAUUAAGUCUUCAAUACCUGAAAAUCCUAAAUUACAAGAGAAUAAUAUUCCGAUUGAUUUUUGUUUUAAUCAAUUUAUUGGGUUGGGACUUACAGUAAACUAUCUAUAUCAAGUAGAAGAAGACAAUUUCAAAUCUUUUUUGAAUAAAUUUGAGCAAUAUUGUAUCAAAAA